AAUCCAUAUUUACAUCCGGGCAUCUGAAAUGAAAGUCGGCCAUGUUUGAUGUUUGGAAACAAAUUUGGACUAUAAUUGACAAAGUUUCGUUCGAUUUUGUAGUAUUUCAUUGAGUGUUAGCUUACUUAAUGGUAGAUGCAGAUGAAAAACCAGCCGCAGAUAUCCCAUGGAUACAACACUAGUUCCUUAUCUUCUUGAAAAUCGAUGAAAAUGAUAAACAAAAGCAAGAUUGUUUGCCAGAAUACAAACAUGUUGACAUUUUUCAAACCUUUAUCUUGUCCGCUGAUAUUAAUACUAAUUCUACUCCAUGGGGGCUUAUCAGCAGGGGCAAGUGCGUCUCCUCAGGAUGAAACAGUCAAUGUUAUUGAAUGUGAGCGCUUAGACAAGAAUGACCCAAAUUGUGCUAAUGGAGGCUGUUACCAAAAGUGUGAGGGCUCACCCAAAGCUUACUGUUUUGCUUCCUGGAAAAAUGGCACAGAUGGCAUGGUGGAAUAUGUAAUGAAAGGUUGUUGGUCAGUGGAGGAGAAUUGUGUAAACAACUCGCAAUGUGUGCAGUCUCCAUCAAUUAAACAUCUGAAUUUUUGUUGCUGUUCUGACCCAAGAUGUAACAACAAUGUGAAAAAUGUUUACUAUCCACCCACGUCACCACCAACUAGCACUGAAGGCAACACUGCGAUGAAAAAGCUGCCCAGUAGUAAACUGACAAAAACCCUCAUUUAUUCCAUUGUUCCGUUAGUUGGAGUUGCUGCAGUUAUUGUUCUAGUUUUCUGGAUGUGGAAACGAUUCAAACGGCAAGAGUAUGAAUAUCAUGAACAGUUACCCACAGUUGACCCAAUUCAUAAUAUGCCACCUUCGCCUCAUCCUCCUCGACCUUUGAAGCUUGUUGAGGUACGAGCCCGUGGUAGGUUUGGGUCAGUGUGGAAGGCACAGCUACAUGAAGAGGUUGUAGCUGUGAAGAUAUUUCCACUUCAGGACAAGCAGUCAUGGUUGACUGAGCAAGACAUUUAUCGGUUACCUCACAUGCAGAGUCAUGACAACAUUCUACGGUUCAUUGGUACAGAGCGAAGGGGAGAUAACCUGAACCUAGAGUUGUGGCUUAUCACAGAGUUCCAACAAAACGGGUCAUUGUGUGAAUAUCUGAAAGGAAACACUGUUACUUGGAGUGAGUUGUGUAAAAUGGCAGAAUCAAUAGCGCGUGGUUUGUCAUUUUUACACGACGAGAUUGCACCAAUUAGGGGCAUGGAAGCUAAGCCGGCAGUGGCUCAUCGAGACUUCAAGAGCAAAAAUGUGCUGAUCACUUCAAAUCUCACCGCAGUCAUUGCUGACUUUGGUCUAGCUCUCAAGUUUGAACCAGGGAAAAACCCAGGAGAAACACAUGGACUGGUUGGUACAAGGCGUUACAUGGCUCCGGAAGUGCUCGAGGGCGCUAUUAGUUUCAAUAGAGAUGCAUUUUUGCGGAUUGACAUGUAUGCUUGUGGACUUGUUCUUUGGGAAAUCAUGUCAAGGUGUACUGCAGCAGACGGUCCAGUUGGAGAUUAUCAGUUACCGUUUGAGGAGGAGAUAGGGCAGCAUCCUACCCUAGAGGACAUGCAAGAGUUAGUUGUCAUCAAUAAAGUACGACCUUCAGUCAAGGAUCACUGGCAAAAACAUCCGGGUCUUGAUGCAUUGUCAUCAACAAUUGAAGAAUGUUGGGAUCAUGAUGCAGAAGCACGUCUGUCGGCGGACUGUGUGUUAGAACGCAUAUGUCAACUCAGUAGGACAAUGAAUACCUCAAACCUUGCUACGAGUAACAGUGUUGUCAACUCACAACAACCUCUUAUAAUAAAUACCAACCAGGGAUUACCUCCUGUAUCACCCAUAGUUGUGCAGACUCUGUAAUCGUGACCCAUGGUAACCAGGGAACAAAACGGUUGCCAUGGACAACAGAACACAUCUUCAACAACAGUUACCUCGCAUUAUAAUGGCCUUGUUUUUAUUUAUAAAAAGGCAACAAAACUUUUAUUUUAUAUCUUAACGAUGCAGGUUUCAUUUAUUGGACAGUGAUUUAACUGCCAGUGUGUCAUUAAUAUGUCUUUUACCUAAUUAAUACACCAUUCUAUUUAUAUUCGUGGAUUUAGAAAUAGAUUUUUUCUUGCAAAGUUUUAAGAAAGAGACAUUAAAGAGUGACUGGAGACAUUUGCCAGUGCUAUUUUAAUUUCCUAGUGGCACACAACAAGUGUAGAUGCCGCUAAAAGGUAGCUAUGGAAAUUUAACUACAUACCUCAAGAUUUUUUGUGUGUUUAUUCAGUUAAUGAUAUCAUGCAUUAAUACCUCAUUGAAAUUUUUAGGACUUUGUGUGAAUUUUUAUUCGUAUUCUAUUUUACCACGUCUUGCAGGAAGAAAACUGGACAUUUUAAGAAGUGGACAUGAUUUGUGAAGUUAUUUAGUUACAAUAUUGUUGAUGAUUUCUACAUGUUUGACAUACAUAUAUGCAUGGAAUGAGUUUACACGCUUUCAGAAGGAAGUGUGUUAAUUGGAAUGACUUUCUGUGCUGAUUAAGUAUGUAUUUAUGUAAUGCAUAUUUUUGUCUGGGACAUAUAUAUUAAAAUCAACAUUUAAAUAUUUUAUAUGUAUGGGUUUUUGUAUAAAUGAGAGACAGUGAUGUUGAGCAAGUGUGUUUGUAUUUUGACACACUUGGAUGUUAAAAUUUUGAUCAGGUUGCACUCUUUAAUUUUAUCAUUGUGUUUGACUGGUAAUACGGUGUAGCAAGAAUAUCUUCUCGGGACAUUGUCAAAAUGUUGAAUUUUGUUAAAAUUAAAUGCUCACUCAAGAAAUUUUACUCUUAAAAUGAAUUUGAUUAGUGACAUACUGAAGGGCAUUUUAGAUUUUGAAAAUUGACACAAUGUCUUUUGUUACAUUUUAAAGGAUUUGAUACAUUAAGGAAAAACAUGUGUUUUUGCAUCAUGUACGGAUGAUUGUUCUUAAUAUUUGCACUUUUAAGAGUUUUUACAUAAUUAUAUUUACUGCAUGUUAGUAUUUGUAUGAUAUAUUUAAUGCUAAUUUAAUGUCACCAUUGUUACUGUAGAUACUUCAAGGCAUCUGUGUUUGUACAGGUUGAUUCAAGUGAUGUGUAACAGUGGGUGGUAUUUUUUCCCCUUCUUAAUUUUGACAUUACCAUUGCCACCCCAAAUAUCUUAAGUGCACUUGUCCACCUUUUAAUUGGCACAAAACAAUUUAUUACUGUUAGGUAAAUUUCAAAAUAAUUUAUGACUGAGUAGCAAACAGUGAGGGCCAGACUAUGAAAUCUGCACCAGCAGGCUAAAGGUUCAAUAGAUGUUUGUUUGGAUUUUUUUCUUUCAAUAUUACAAGAUUAAUCAAUGGUAUUUUUAUAAAAAAAAAUCUUCUAAAAGAUCAUGAGUACAUAUUGAAAUGGAAAGCACUGACAGUGUGGUCAAAGUGUCUUGCCUCAUAGAUUCGAGCCCUACUCAAGUCUCAACACAAUUUCCUCGUAUGACACUGGCACUGGUGAAUUCCAGGAAAAUAUUCAAAUAAGCUUUCAGUUAAGCUUAGAAAUAUAGAUAGGUUUAAACUGAAGGAAGAUGGUUUCUAAAUCUGUAUGACUGCAGCAAUAGACUUCCGGUAAAUCAGCAGUAAUGUGGAUGACUCUUUACCAACAGUCACAGUGACUAUUGAGGUUAAGUAGAGUGAUUUUAACAGAAUAAUUUAUGUAAAUUGGGCUUUGAUUAAAGAAUUUUAACUUAUUUAAUAUCCAUUUGUUUCAGCAUACUGUGUAAGAUGUAAUGUCCUAUAAUAUAAUCAUGUAAGAAUAUUUUAUUGACACAUAAUUCAGAAACAGUACUGUUUGAUUAUUAAAGAUGAUUUCCAAAUCCCUGUUGCACAUUAUUUGAAUCAAAUGCAAAUCAUUAAAUAGGGCAAAAUAGAUAAGUACCUGCUGAAUGUAGCAGCUCUGUAUCAUGUGACACACAUGGGGGGAGUGUCAUGUGACUUUGUGCCAUGUGAGACAUGUCAGAUCACUUUAAUGUUGUAAAUUAGGCAUUACAAUAAAAGGCAGCAUAUAGAUGACAAUGAUUGGAUGCUGUGCUACUUUAGUGGGUCAUAAGUAUACAGUUAAACAUGUGCUAUAGGCUACCUUGAAUUUUUAGUAUACAUAUAUAUUAUUUACAAAACAGGACAACACAUGGCAAUUUUUGACUUGCCCCGUGUUUUUAAUGUGAGAAUACAUUUAUAAGGACAUUGGCCACUUUAAAUUCUUAAUUAUUUUUAUUUUUUCCUUAUUAAAGGGAUGUACAUUAGUUGAUAAAAAUGUCUCUAAUUUUGCAAAUAAUCUGUUGGAAUAAUACCAGGUACAUUUUUAAUUUUUAUUCAAAAUUGCUAUGCAUGUGGAACUGUAAGACAAUUAUCUUUGAAAAGAAUUAACAUUUUGUGUGUUUUAAAAAUGCUAUAUAAUGAAAAUAUGGGACACACACAGCCCUAUGAUUGACGAUUUUAUUUUAUUCUUAUUUUCAAAAUUUAACUAUGUAAUUUUUAUAUGCUUUACAAUAUACAAUCUUAACAUUUUUAUCAAAGGAAGUUAUUUAUAGAAGUCUUUUAUGUUAAUAUUUUCUUUAAAAAGGUAUUCAAAGUUCUAUUCAUUAUUAUUUUAAAUUCUAUUUAUUCAUCUAGAAACAAACUGACACAAAAAUCACAAGACGUGAAGUAAUCAAAAGUGUUAUUGAAGAAGAAAUUGGUAUUUAAAGAUUUUUUUAGAACGUAGAACAAUCUUAUAUAUAUUGUUGUUGUUGUUGUUGUUUUUAUGUCUAGUUGGUCACAAUUAUUGUUACUGAUUUUUUAAGGUAUGUUUACAGGGAAACUUGUUAAAUAUGAUGUUUAUAUGGAUCUUAAUGAGUAGGACUAAUAUGUUUAUAUGAAUCUUUAUUAGGAGGACUAAGAAAAGCUAUGUUAUAUGGAUCUUAAUUAGGAGUAGUAAGAAAAGCUAUGUUUACAUGGAUUUUAAUUAGGAGUACUAAGAAAAUCUGUGUUUAUAUGGAUUUUAAUUAGGACUAAGAAAAGCUAUAUUAUAUGGAUGUUAACUUAAAGCUAUGUUUAUAUGGAUCUUAAUUAGGAGGACUAAGAAAAUUUUAUAAUGUUUAGAUAAUGUUUUUAAAAAAUGUUAGAUGUUUGUUACCUGAAGAAAUUAGCAAUAAAUGUGAAAUGAUUUGUCAUAAAGGUAGCAAAAAUGUAAACAAAGGAGUAUUUUGACUUCCAUACAAAAUACUAAUUUCACUAUAACUGUACUUAUUGCCAAAAAGAAACAAAUAAAAAAAAUGGUAAUUGGCCAAUGAGUUACUUUGUGGAUACUAUAAAAGAACACCAAACUUAAAAAGCUUUUGAGAAAUAAAAAUAAAAGCAUUUCUGAGGCAUAAUGGGCCUUACAUGAAGAAAUACAAUUUUUAUUCUUUAUAACCUGAUAUGAUUGACCUGAUUUAUUACAAUGUGAACUUGGCUCAUAUAUUGUAACAGGUAUACCUCAAAUUGGAUCUGUUUCAAGUUAUAAAAUUCUUAUUUAAUAAAAGGCCCUCUUUAAAAACAAUGUCAAAUAAGUAAAUACCUUUACAUACCAGUUUUUUACACAUAUUAUUUGUUUAUCAAUAUUCUCAUAUUUUGAUUGUUCAUACGAAUUUUCAUUGACAUAUUAUUUGAGCUUUUUAAAGAUGUUUAUAAAAUGGUAGAUUUAGGUAGAUUUCCAAAAAAAGGUUCAACAUUGUACUUUAACGUUAGUCUUUUUCUUUUUUUUUGGCCUUAAAAUCAGUCAUUUAAGAUUUCUGCUGAAAUAAAUAAAAAAAUAAAACAGAUAUUAUGUCAUAUGUUGUGAAACAGGUAAUGAUCAGGGAAACUUAUGUCUUGUUUAUCUCAGAUAAAAUAUACCUCAUAAAAAAACUAAUGGUUCAAACCUGUCUUACCCCUCAUAUGCUAGUUAAUGGACUCUUCUGUAUUGUAGAGAUGGAAUGUUCCAAAUUUUUCACUUUCAUAGGUAGGAGAGCAGGUGGAUUUACUUAUUUGGGAUGUUCCAUUUAGAUUUGAAGGGAAGAUAGGAUUAAUCAGUUUUAUAUAUAUGCAGUGACCUCUGAUAUGUUGACCUCUAAUGAAUAGUUUUGUGUUUGAUUGAUUUGUAUAAUUGCUGCCAUUACAAUGUUGUAUAUAUCAAACCCUUAACCCACUGAAUUUGUAUAAUGAAUUUGCCCAGCUUUGAAUUUGGAAUUGUCCAUUCAAAGUUAAAGGGAUUUCAUUAUCCGAAUACAAAAGUUUAGCUGCUUAUAGUAAAGAGCCUGGUCAGAGUGCAUGGUGGUGGAUGCCAGCUUUGCCCUAUACUGGUAGCAAAGACUUAAUCACUUUUGGUUCCUAUAGGUAAGGUGUCAAAAUGCUUUCUGGCCUCAAUAAUGUCUCUCAAAGUCUCAUAAAAAUGUGUCUGUUGUAAUCUUGUCUGUCAAAGAACAGCUUUGUAAAGAGCUUUUCAUAUUCUUUUACCAGAUUUUGGUUCAAAACAUUUGUUCAUAUAGAUCACUAGGAAAUUACACAUAGAAAAUGUCAACACUGAAAUAUUUUAAAAUAAUUUAUUGUAUGUUUCAAGAAUUUUUUUUUGAUGGAUUUUAUGUUUACCGGUCUUUUUCAUAUUCUGUUAGUUUGACAUUUUUAUGGGGAGAAAAAAGAGAACAUUUGAUAUUUAUCUAAAGUAUUUAUUGGUCUUAAUGAUUUUUUUUACGUCUUCUAGCCUUGGAUUGCUGGUUUUGUUGGGUUUAAACGUCAGUAUUUUUGUUUUUAGAAUUGUUUCAACUACACAGAUCAGUUACUGUUUAUUAUACUUACUGGAUUUUUUGUCAGGCAGGGAAAACCUUCCAUUUAUAUAGUCUUUGAGCACACAAUUUGCCAUUGUCAGUACAAGUUUGUGUUGUUUAGGCUAUUGUCACAGUAAUUUUAUCAGUAUUUAAAGUUUUUCUGUCAUAAAUAGAUCAAUAGUACAAGAAAUUCUGAUAAAUUAACUCUUGACCUUCUGAAAACAAAUGUUAUAAUAUAAACCUUUGCCACUAGCAUAGAGCCAGGCAUGCCUGCUUAUCAAUGCAGUUUUGCCAGGCUUGAUACUGUUGGCUAACCAGCUUUUAAUGAUCAUAUUGAUAACUUGAUAUCUCCCAAAGUUACAGAUAUGGAAGCUGGUCAAGUUAAUUUAAAGGAACUCCACUGAGGUCCAAAUGCCUUAAAUUUUAAAAUUUGAAUUUCUUUCAUAGAUCAGCAGGGCCUUUUAAAUCAGAAAGAUAUGCACAAGAUAAUCAAGAGAGACACCCUUAAAUAAGUUGAAAAUCGUAUUUUUGUGACUCUUAGUCAGAUUUAGUCCAAUUUUUGGUCAUAUUUCACAAUUAAAAGUAACAGUAUGGAAAAAUGGAGUAAGCAAAUGACCACAAGUUCUUGGUCUAGACCUACAUCAAUAGAACAUUCAAUCAGAAAAUUAUUUCAAGCCCCACCAUGCCAUAAAACUUCAGUGGAGUCCCUUUAAGAAGUUGCACAGGUUAAGUGGUUAACAAUGAAUCUAAAUAUUAUUGAUCAUGAAUGGUGGAGAAGUUAAUUUCAUUUGCACAAAACUGUUGAUUAUAAUAUCAUCUUACAGGGAAUAAAAGUUAUGAUUAUUUUGUAAUUGAUAUCUGUAUGUGUGCAUUUUAUUGACAUUUAUAUGGCCAGUGUAGGUAAUAACUUGAAUUAUAUAACAUAAAGUGUCAUAGUGUAUUAUAUCUUAAUCAUAUAUCUUUAUAUAAUGUCAUCAUCUUGUAACAUUAUAAUUAGAAAGGGCUGCCACAGCCAAGUGGUUAAGUAAGCCGACUUAAAAUCAUCUGUUCCUCAUCAAUAUGUUUGUGGAUCCGUCUAGGCUAUCCAGCUGGCUUAUUGAAAGUCAGUGGUUCUACUUCAGUACCUGCUUGUGGCUAAAAUAACGCACAGAGGGGCACCAGGCUUCCUUCUGUAGAGAGCUUGAAAAUCACCAUUGAUCUUUAUACAACAAAUGUAACACUUUAAAAUGUCUUUAUAGUUUCAAGUUAAUUGGCAAAAUCAAAAAAUGAUCAAGAGUAAGGACAUAAUACAAUUAAUGGAAUAGCUAGGGGAGGUUCAUUAUAGGGAAAUUAAUCUUGGAAUCUUUUAAUUUAAUGUAAUUUGACUUAUUAUUUGUAAAAAAAUUGUUAAUUUGCCCAGAUCUUGAAUUGAUGUAGGAAUGAAUACCAUUUUAGACAAAUGAAUAACUUGAUGAAUAUGAUUUAUUGGUUUUGUUUGUUUUCUCUCUCUCGGAGUUAAAUUGGCUUUAAAUUUAUAUAUUAACUGAUGAGGACUUUAAUAUUUUCAUGGCUGUUUUAUGUAUGAAGAGUAGCUUGUAGGGAGAGAUGAAUGUACAAUAUGAUGAGAUAUAGAAAUGUUAAGUGUUGUGAUAUUGAGCUAUUCACUCAAUUCACGACAAUAUUUGACAAAGCAGCAUGCGAAUAUUAUGUAUUGUAAACAUUUUGUAAGUUUCUCAUUUUAAGACUUUUUGAUCAAGAGUUUUAAUUUGAGCUGUGUCACGACAAAACCAACAUAAUGCGUUUGCGACCAGCAUGGAUCCAGACCAGCUGAUCAGGAUCCAUGCUGUUCGCUAUCAGUUUCUCUACUUGUUAUAGGGUCUGUAAGCAAACAGCAUGGAUCCAGAUCAGACUGCGCGGAUGCGCAGGCUGGUCUGGAUCCAUGCUGGUCGCAAACCCAUUAUGUCGGUUUUGUCAUGACACGGCUCAUUCGUCUACCGGUGAUAAUGUUUGUUUAGAUAGUUAGAGAGAGAUGAUGAUGAUUGAUGAUGAUGAUGAUUGAUGAAUUUAUAAUGAUGUUACAUUGACGAUAAUAUUAAUUUGAUAACAUGAUAAUUUUUUUUUUAUGAUUGACAAUAGAUUUUGUAAAAUUUUGAAGAAAAAUAUAUAAAGCAUUAUUUUGUAAUGAUUAUAAUAUGAGGUUUCUUGAUUUACCUUUUCAAUGGUUUUGUAGGUAAGCUUUUAACAUUAAGAAUCCUUAGGGUAUUAAAUGGCAGGUUUUUUUUAUACAUCUUUGUUAUUGUGUUACAUUUCAGGUAUAUUUGUGUUUUAAGACUUUAAUUUGAUAUAUAGAAUUGAACUUGCUGUCUUAAAUAAACAUUAUAAUGGUAGUUGAUGAUUUCUGUCUUGCUAUGACUGCAGAAUUAGGCAAGUACUUCCCAGCAAGGCACAUUUUGUUGCUCUUUUACUGCUUAGUAAUUUUCGGGUGUUUUACAAAGAAAUUGUCGGCUGUCAUUUUCAAUAAUUUUGUAUUAUGUAGUGUCAAUCAAAGGUGGUCCCUUUGUGAUAAAUGAAAAUAUUGGUUUGCAUUAAAUUAACCAAAUACUUUUAUCAUUAAGUUCUUUUUCUGAUUUUUAAAUCAUUGAUUUAAGAAAACAGUUGUAAGUGAAUGUUGUUUUCCUUUCUUUUUUGAGAGUCAAGGAUGCUGAUAAGCCUGAAUAAGGUUUUGGUACGGGAGAAAUAUCUCCUUGUGUCUUGAUAUUCUAUAAUGCCAUGAAACUUUUCUGUAAAUAUUUCAUGUUUAAGGUACUUCUUCAUGUUAAAAUAAGGCACACACUGAUGGCAAACAGUGAAAAUUGUUAACAGCUUCAUUUGUGUUUUGCACAAGUAAAAAAAAAAGAUUCUACAGAUUUUUUUAAGGGGAAAAUCAUAUUUUUGAUCAGGGGUUAAGAAGUGUAAAGCGUUUUGGGGACUUUUGUUUUAUAUGCAAACAUGUAGAAAUACCUUAUAAUAGUUUAGAAAAGGAAAGUUUUUAUGUUAUGAUGAAUGCAAUAAGUGCUAAAAAAAUUAUUUUUUUUUUUCAAAUUUUAGGGUGUUUGCUACUUUCAGGGUGUACAGACACUGUUUUUAGCUCGACUUUUCUAUGAAAAGGGGAGCUAUCCUACUCGCCCCGGCGUCGGCGUUGGCGUCACACCUUGGUUAAGUUUUUCGUACCACCCCACUUUAUUUCAGAAGUAUUACAAGUAUGGCUUUGAAACUUACCAUACUUGUUCACCAUCAUAACCUCCAUCUACAGACAAGAGUACAUAACUCUGUCAAGGUUUUUGACAGAAUUAUGGCCCUUUUUUGACUUAGAAAGUGUAUUGAGCUUGGUUAAGUUUUUUGUACCACCUCACUUUAUUUCAAAACCAUUGGAGGUAUUGCUUUGAAACUGACCAUACUUGUUUACCAUCACGACCUUCAUCAACAGACAAGAGGACAUAACUCUGUCAAGGUUUUUUGACAGAAUUAUGCCCCUUUUUGACUUAGAAAAUACAUUGAAUAUGGGUAAAAUCCACUUAUUGCCUUAACCCUUUGAGAUAUUGCUUUGAAACUUUUAAUGCUAUUUCACAUCAUUACCCCCAUCUGUACGCAAGAGAAGGUAACUCUGUCAAGGAUUUGUUUUAAAAAUUAAGGCCUUUUAUCGACUUAGAAUCUUGGUUAAGUUUUUAGUACCAGUCCACUUUUUGACUGAACUGUUUGAGAUAUUAAUUUGAAAGUUGGAAUACUUGUUUACAAUCAUGAUUCCCAAACAUGUCCAGGAGAAGGUAAUUCUGUCAAAGAUUUUAUUUGAAUUAUGGCCCUUAACUGUCAAUGUUUUGUAUUAUAGGCAAGCACUAAAAAAGUU